UCGCCUAGCUUUCUCCUUCCUGAUUGGUUGACAAGGCUGCUUAUUGGUGGCAAAGGUGUCUUCUGAAAGUAAUUAAUUUCGUAAAUAAUUUGCAAGAAAUUGGAUAAUCUCGUUUAGUAGAAUGUGUCUUGUAUGUUUAUGAAGUGGGGUUUAGGUUUGCUCUCCAAUACUGAUGUCUUAUCAUUAACCAAGUGUGUGCAAUACAUAGGCAAUCAUGAGGCCAGGGAGCUUACAUCGUGCAUGUGGAUGGCGCAUUGCACGGAGCCUAAUCACAGCUGUGUGGCAACUGUCAAUCAUAGAAGUUGAUGAAAGGAACCAUCUCAUCAGUGUGCUAAAGUGGUUCAUCGAGCAGUAUGGAGAAGUUCUUUUCUCACGGGUAAUGCAGGACCAGCUCUACAAGAACCUUAUCUCGGGCCUGAGGAGUCGCCACAACCCACCCAUUUAUCUGACCAGCAUGCUCGUUCUUUGCCCAAAAGUCACCAUCGAUCAGAUUGCAGUGAUUGAGGACCAUAAUGGGCUUCCACCUCCUGUGGCAGGCACAGGGCUGGAUAUCACAUCAGAAGAAUGCCGAGCUAUCUUGGAUGUGCUCUCUGACCUGCGGCAGGGCUGGAAUGGCUCCAAGAGCCUUCCAUUUGCACGCCAAAAUGGAGAGAGCUACCACCUGCCUACCAAGACUCUGGUUCUUGAGGGGGUUUACUUCCAUGACCCUGACUUCCUACCCUUACUCUUCAGGGAAAUGCCUGACCUAAGGCACAUUGAGCUCCAGUAUAAUGGAACCCCUUCAGUGCUCCUGGCUCUGAGUGCACACUGCCCCAAGUUAGAAUCCUUGUGCUUUCUGGAGCCGCGCAUGGAGGUCACGGUGCUGGAAAAGGAUAUCUGGCCCAUCCUCUUUGGGAUUCCCUCGCCAUCUGAUCCUAGAAAUCCCUCAGGAAUCCUCACCCGCUUUGCCCAAGAAAAGGACUUCCGUGACAAGUUUGUGUUGCAAUUCCCCAACUUGAAAAAGCUGGAUCUAGAUGAAUUGUAUUUUGAGGAAGAGGUAUUGCAUGAUGUGUACAUCUUGGCUCUGGUGCUGCAGCCACAGCUCUCCAGCUUUGGGAAGCACACAGGCCUCACCAGAAGGAUCCUGUCUAAGUUUCGCCAGCUCUGGAAUGUCAAGAACAACAGAUCUGACAGCCAUAUAGAUCUAUAUUUAUCUAAAGCAAAGUUUGUUGACAGUGUGUGUGAUGUUCCAAAUGAUGCUGAGCUAGAGUUGAGAUAUCUGGAGGAGAUUGUGCCAAUGUUUAAGAUGCUUAAGUCAGUUGAGCUGCAGAAGGGUUACUGGACUGAGAGUGAAGUGGCCAGGUUUUGCCGCAUCUUUGCUGACCGUGUGGAUGCCUUCUCUCUCAGUGACCUACCCAUCAAUGAAAUAUCAUGUCUGAGCUCUGUCACACACCUACGCUUGACAUUCAUGCGGCAGUACUCCUUUGAGCAGGUCCACUUCAUCUUGGAUCACUGUCCCAACCUGCAAACCCUUAGCAUCCACCCUGUGUUCCAGGAGCACCCACAUGUGGGCUGGGAGGGUGCUAUGCCUCUGCAUCGCUUUGGCCAGAUGAUGGAUGAAGAUAGGCAGAUCCUGGAGAAUCUCCUCAUCGAUGAGCUUGUUGAGGAGAUGGAGGAUCUGCAGGUGUUCUUGGGAGAGGGAGGGGAUGAACAAGCAGGAGGGAAUGUGCUCAGGGCACCUAAUUUCCCUGGGGCAAUGGGUGAGGGAGCCCAGCUUCCCCCUGCUGGACCCAGACCCCCAGCACCCCUACAUGAGCGGUUGUCCAAGUCUAAGUACACAGUGCAUCAGAAGUUGGUGACGCUAAGGAUAGCCUCCCUGUUUGAAGCCACCAAAGAGCCCUCUGAGGCCUUCCUGUCAAGCCUUCUAGAACGGCUACCCAAUCUCCGUAACCUGUGCUUGGGCAUGUGGAUGGGAGCUCUGAGUCACCGACGCAACCACCUAACCUGCACCGGAAAUGCACUUGUCAACGUUGUCACCAGUUCACAGAAUAGCAAGCCUUUAUUAGCUAAUUUGGAACAGCUGUGUUGCCUGCCUUCGGGCACAGAGCAGACGAUGUGCCUGUCUCUAGCAAGGCUAGCAGAUGCCCUGCCUUCCUUGCGGACACUCGUUGUGCCUGCCCUCGACACCUUCCUCCUGACACCGACUCUGAGGUUCUUCCAGCACACCAGCAUUGACAUUCAGCAUAAGUGUGCCACUGACCAGGUCUUCUCACACUGGGAGCCAGAGCAUUAGCGAGUCAUGCGGAAGAGAACUGUUGAUUUUUUUUUUGUUUUUCUUGCUUCUCUUUCCUUCUUAUCUUUUAAUUAUGUGUUUGAGUAAUUAUUCAAUAGAUGGUUACAUGUUUUUGGAAUUUUUUGAACUAGUCACCCAUUUCUUUUAUUUCUACUUUCAAAUAUUUGUGAAAAUUUAAACGUAUUAUUAUUAUUUUAUUUUAUGUUCAGAACCUCAUUUUAGGCAAUGAGAUUAUAUACAUAUCCAUUUUCUAUCCUUUUUUAUUUUAUAAUUUUUCAUUCUUAUAAAUAUGUGUAUAGAUUUAUUUCAAGGAAUGAGUGAAUGCAUUGUAGCUUUACUUAAAAUUAAAAAGUUCAUUUUGUACACCCAUUUGUUCUUCCAUCAUUAUAUAUUUUUUAAUGAACACCUGUGAUUUUUUUUUUUAAAGUAAAGUAUUCAAUGGUUAUUCUGCUUUGUUAUCUAUUGUUAUUGUAAUGUACAUAUAAAACAUGCAAACACACAAUCAUGCACACACACACAUACUAUCCCCCCCCCCCACACACACACAUACACACACAAACAUAUGUGUAUUUCUUCUCACUUGCUCUCCAUUUUCUUUUAGAAAGUAAGAGUAUAGAGAAAUUGCUAACUUUUCAUCCAAACUUGUUAUAAUACCAAACUUUAUUCCGUGAAAUAAAAGUCUGUUGCAG